AUGCGGGACCCGUCCUCUGGCUCCUCUCACCUGCCGCAGCAGCUAAAGUUCACGACCUCUGACUCCUGCGACCGCAUCAAGGAUGAGUUCCAGCUCCUGCAGGCCCAGUACCACAGCUUGAAGUUGGAAUGCGACAAACUAGCCAGUGAGAAAUCGGAGAUGCAGCGUCACUACGUCAUGUAUUACGAGAUGUCCUAUGGGCUGAAUAUUGAAAUGCACAAACAGGCUGAAAUCGUCAAGAGGCUAAAUGGGAUUUGUGCACAGGUUCUGCCCUACCUUUCGCAAGAGCAUCAGCAGCAAGUCCUGGGAGCCAUUGAACGAGCCAAGCAGGUUACGGCGCCAGAACUGAACUCCAUCAUCCGUCAGCAGCUUCAAGCUCACCAGCUGUCGCAGCUCCAAGCCCUUGCUCUGCCUCUGACUCCGCUCCCCGUGGGCCUCCAGCCCCCAUCCCUCCCUGCUGUCAGCGCUGGCACUGGGCUCCUCUCACUCUCGGCCUUGGGCUCCCAGGCUCACCUCUCCAAGGAGGACAAGAAUGGCCAUGACGGGGAUGCCCACGGGUUAAUGCAAGAUGCAGUAUCUCUCUCAAGUUGCUGCGCAGAAGAAUUGCGGGGGCUUGUGUUUGGUGGCAGCUUGCCAGGCCUGUUCCCAUGGGCAGCAGUGCCUGGGGGAUGCCCCCACCGCCAUCCCAGCAGACGGGCUGCUCCGCAGCAAUGCAAGCGCCAUAGCAGUAACCAUGUGGCCGAUUGUGCUCUCCCUGUGCCCAGCCUGGCUUCCCUGCUCCACAGCAGAGCCGAGCCAGAGCCUGGCUUGGGCUGCUCUGGGGCUGCUUGCCCCCCGGCUGUCCCGGCUCCUCGGUGCCGCGUGGCUCCCCUCUGCCUGCCGCUCCCCCCUUGGUAUUUAAAGAUGCCCCUUGAUCCUAACGGUUUCUGCACAACUCCCUGCUGGGAUCCCUGCCCCAAAACCAUCUCCUCCCUCCCCAAGCGCUCUUGAUCUCGUUGCAUCACCCCGGCCCUGUCCCUGUCCUCCCCACGCCCCUCCUGCACUAAUACCAGGCCGGCACUUUGCUGUUCUGCAUGUAUCUGUUCUUGACCAGUCCCGCGGCAGUACAAUACGCUCUGGCUGCCAGGAUUUCUCCUCGGCUGCUCCUUGGCCUUGGGCUGGAGGGGGAGCCUCCACCACCUGCUCCCCUUUGGCAUAGCACCCGGCUUUGGGGGGGUUCAGGUGGCUGGGCAGAGGGGCAGGCAGACUGAGAGCCCUUCCUGGUCCUCCCCCUCCCUGUGCCCCUGCCCCCAUGUAGAGGAUACAGCAGCUUUCUCUGUUCUUAUCUCCGUGCGCUAGCGUGUCUUCUAAAAAAAAAAAAAAAGGAACAAAAAAAUAAUAAAUAAUAAUCUGGUGUUUGUAUAUAGUCCUUUAGAAAGAUCUUGUUUUGCUUUUUGUGUUUAAUCACUUGACCUAUAAUAAGAGGAACUGAAAAUGCUGUAUCAAGGACGUACAAGCUGUGCCUUUCAAAUAAAGAAAUAAGAAGGUUGGUUAAAACUGUGA